UCCGCCGCUCGGCUCCGUCUGCCGGCCUUGUCCGCCUGUCUUGUCCUCCUCCUGCGGCCGCGCUGCCGGGCCCUCGCGCCUUGGCGAGGUCGACAAGCAGCAUGGCGGUGGAGGAAGAGGGGCUGCGGGUCUUCCAGAGCGUGAGGAUCAAGAUCGGUGAAGCCAAGAAUCUUCCUUCCUACCCGGGGCCAAACAAGAUGAGGGAUUGCUACUGCACAGUGAACCUGGACCAGGAGGAGGUUUUCCGGACCAAAAUUGUAGAGAAGUCACUCUGCCCCUUUUAUGGAGAAGACUUUUACUGUGAAAUCCCUCGGAGUUUCCGUCACCUGUCCUUUUACAUUUUUGAUAGAGACGUUUUCCGAAGGGAUUCCAUCAUAGGCAAGGUGGCCAUCCAGAAGGAAGACUUGCAGAGCUACCACAACAGGGACACGUGGUUCCAGCUACAGCAUGUGGACGCUGACUCAGAGGUGCAGGGCAAGGUCCACCUGGAGCUGAGGCUGAGUGAGGUCAUUACAGACACCGGUGUGGUCUGCCACAAACUCGCGGCACGCAUCUUCGAGUGCCAAGGCCUCCCCAUUGUGAACGGGCAGUGCGACCCUUACGCCACAGUGACGUUGGCCGGACCCUUCAGGUCGGAAGCGAAGAAGACGAAGGUGAAGAAGAAGACGAACAACCCCCAGUUUGACGAGGUGUUUUAUUUCGAGGUGACCAGACCCUGCAGCUACAGCAAAAAGUCACACUUUGACUUUGAGGAGGAGGACGUAGACAAACUUGAAAUUCGAGUUGACCUCUGGAAUGCCAGCAACCUGAAGUUUGGGGACGAGUUUCUUGGGGAGCUGAGGAUCCCUCUCAGGGUGCUGCGACAUGCUAGCUCUUACGAAGCCUGGUACUUCCUCCAGCCCCGGGACAAUGGCGGAAAGAGCCUGAAGCCAGAUGACUUAGGGUCGCUGAGGUUAAAUGUAGUUUAUACAGAAGACCACGUCUUCUCCUCUGAGUACUACAGCCCACUGCGCGACCUGUUACUGAAGUCUGCGGACGUGGAGCCUGUCUCAGCCUCGGCAGCUCACAUCCUGGGUGAGGUGUGCAGAGAUAAGCAAGAGGCAGCCAUCCCACUGGUACGGCUCCUGCUGCACUACGGCAGGGUAGUGCCCUUCAUCAGUGCCAUCGCCAGCGCCGAGGUGAAAAGGACUCAGGACCCCAAUACCAUCUUCCGAGGAAACUCACUGACAUCUAAGUGCAUAGAUGAGACGAUGAAGCUGGCGGGCAUGCACUACCUCCAUGUGACCCUGAAGCCCACCAUUGAGGAGAUUUGCCAGAGCCACAAGUCCUGUGAAAUUGACCCCGUGAAGUUGAAAGACGGCGAAAAUCUCGAGAGCAACAUGGAGAGCCUGCGGCAGUAUGUGGACCGCAUCUUCACGGUCAUCACCAAGUCUGGAGUGAGCUGUCCCACUGUCAUGUGUGACAUCUUCUUUUCCUUGCGGGAAGCGGCUGCCAAGCGCUUCCAAGAUGACCUGGAUGUGAGGUACACGGCCGUGAGCAGCUUCAUCUUCCUGAGGUUCUUCGCUCCUGCCAUCCUGUCCCCAAACCUCUUCCAGCUGACACCCCACCACACGGAUCCACAGACUUCUAGAACCCUGACACUUAUCUCAAAGACAAUUCAGACUCUCGGCAGCUUGUCCAAGUCCAAGUCUGCCAGUUUUAAGGAGUCAUACAUGGCGACAUUCUAUGAAUUCUUCAAUGAACAGAAGUACGCAGAUGCUGUAAAAAAUUUCCUGGAUUUGAUCUCAUCCUCGGGGAGAAGGGACCCCAAGAGCAUAGAGGAGCCCAUCCUGCUUAAAGAAGGGUUCAUGAUUAAGCGGGCCCAAGGAAGGAAGCGAUUUGGAAUGAAGAAUUUCAAGAAGAGGUGGUUUCGCCUGACGAACCACGAGUUCACCUACCAGAAGAGCAAAGGUGAUCAGCCCCUUUGCAGCAUCCCCAUCGAGAACAUCCUGGCCGUGGAGAGGCUUGAGGAGGAGUCCUUCCGAAUGAAAAACAUGUUCCAGGUUAUCCAGCCAGAGCGUGCCCUGUACAUCCAGGCCAACAACUGCGUGGAGGCCAAGGACUGGAUCGACAUCCUCACCAAAGUGAGUCAGUGUAACCAGAAGCGCCUCACUGUGUACCAUCCGUCCGCCUACCUGAACGGCCACUGGCUUUGCUGCAAGGCCUCCUCGGACACGGCCCCUGGCUGUACUCCCUGCACCGGUGGGCUCCCAGCAAACAUCCAGCUGGACAUCGACGGGGACCGUGAGACAGAACGCAUCUACUCUCUCUUUAACCUGUACAUGGGCAAGUUGGAAAAGAUGCAGGAGGCCUGUGGCAGCAAGUCUGUGUACGAUGGCCCUGAGCAGGAGGAAUACUCGACGUUCAUCAUUGAUGACCCCCAGGAGACCUACAAGACACUGAAGCAGGUCAUUGCCGGGGUGGGGACCCUUGAACAGGAGCAUGCACAAUACAAGAGGGACAAGUUCAAGAAGACGAGAUAUGGAAGCCAGGAGCACCCUAUUGGAGACAAGAGCUUCCAGAACUACAUCCGGCAGCAGUCUGAGAUCUCCACCCAUUCCAUUUAACGUCACAGCGUCUCCUGAAUGUGCUGUUGAGCCACGCCAGGAAACCCACCACCUG